UUGACACGCUUUGUUUGCGCUCUCCACGGUAACUCGAGUUGGUCUCCUUUAUCCAGACCCGAGCAGGAUUUCCUUAGGAAGAAGAUUCCUCCACAAGACACAUCUGUUCCAGUAAGACGAUGGGAUACCGAGCGAGAACGGCGUUCGGAUUGGGCGUUACCAUGGUGAUCCUGGGCAUCGUGUCCGUGGCCGUCAGUCUGGUCGCCAUGUUUGUUCCCGUCUUCAAGAUUGCAGUUCACCCGCACAUCGCACUGGGGCUCUACAGUCUGCUCGCCACGGGCAUUGUGGCUAUCAUUGCUGGGUCUUUUGGAAUCGCCAGCGGCAAGACUCCGGACAACGGAUGCCGGAUCACCGGUUUCUUGUCUACAAGCAUCAUGGUCGCCAUCUUGGGCCUGUUCUUCCUCGUGGCGGUCGCCAUCUUGCUUAUCAUCGCUGACGGCUACGGCGCAUGCGCGCUCUUCGGGACAGGAGGUGGUGAUGACGUCACCACUACUGGCGGGGGCUGUACUGCUGUUGUCAACUCCGAUACUACCGUGAACCUUGCCGUGGCCGUGGUGCUGCUGAUCCUGGGUGUUCUGGAGCUGGUGCUGGGCGUGGUGGCCGCCAUCGUCAGCUGUAGGGGGCUGUGCACCGGGUACCAUGGGCACGAGUCGCCUGCUAUCGUGGUGUACAGCGGUAACAAAGCUACAGCCCUGCAGCCUGGCCAACGUGCUGUCCAGCAACCGGACGGUACCAUUGUCAUCGCUAAAACAGCUGCAGAUCAAGCGAAUGUGGGAACAAACGGCAAACAGUAAAGAGAGUCUAGAAGAGGCUACGCAAUUCUUCUUCUACAUGGCUAAUGCAUCUAAAGUAACGCAUCUCCGGCAUUUUGUGCAAAAGGUUUUAUAAAUGUACCGCGCUGUUUUCAAACAAUUUUCUUGUAUAUUCUUACCUGAGGGAUUAACCUGGCGCUAUUGCGAAUUUAGAAUCCUUGUAGUUUUUUCCCUAUUCUAAAUGCAAUGUACUUAUCAAUGUACUUAGCACUCACCGAUUCUAUUAUCAUAACGAGUUCAAGUUAUCAAUUUUAUGUUUUAGGUUAAUAACAAAUUUUAUACAUACAAAUGUAUUUUUCAUUGUAUAUUAUCAAGAGCGCAUGGCAUUUGAUGUCAGUUAUGAUUACUGAAGCCAAAAUGAAUACUGACAUGUACUGAUCUAUUUUAGAUAUAUUUGAUGGUAGUAAUAUAACUCUAGAGUCCAUCUGACAAGAUCUAGAGGGCUACAGUCACGUAGGC